CACGAUGGAGGAACGCUUGGGUGAAAACGUGAAACUUGUCAAAAGGACUAAAGAGGAGAAAAAGCUGUUACGGAAGCAAAUUAAAGCAAGUCACACAUUGCUAAAACAUGAAGGCAUUAAUACGGUAUCGCUGCCAACUAAGAGCUUGGUGGUUGCCAAUGGCGGGCUUGGCAAUGGGGUGAGCCGUGAGCAACUGCAGGAUGUCCUGAGAGAAAGCGGAUGCGUGGAGUCCCUCCUCAUGCCCCCCUGCAAACCCUAUGCCUUUGUGACCUAUGGGUCUGUGGAGGAUGCCCAGCGAGCACACACCUCCCUCAACGGCAGGCAGCUUCACUGCCAGGGACAAAGUGUCACCUUGUACCUCAGCUUUGUGGAAAAAGUGGGCUGUGAGUCAGAGGUCAGCACACAGCUGCCCCCUGGCCUGAAGGUGCUGGAGCAGUUUGUGUCGCCUGAGGAAGAGGCCAGGCUCCUGGGCUCCAUUGAGUGGGCUUCCCCAAAUGAUGUGGUCACUGCACAGAAGGCAUUGAAACACAGGAGAGUGAAGCACUAUGGCUAUGAGUUUCGUUAUGACAACAACAAUGUAGACAAAGACAAACCGCUACCUGGAGGCCUUCCUCAGGUCUGUGAUGCAGUGCUGGAGAGAUGCCUGCAGGAGAAUCAUAUUGAUGUCAAACCCGACCAACUCACCAUCAACCAGUACGAGCCAGGCCAAGGUAUCCCACCACAUGUGGACACUCACUCUGCCUUUGAGGACACAAUCUUGUCCUUAAGUCUUGGUGCUAAGACUGUGAUGGACUUCAGGCACCCUGAUGGACGCUCUGUUGCCGUGGUGCUGCCAGCGCGGAGCCUGCUGGUGAUGAAAGGAGAGAGCCGGUACCUGUGGACCCACGGGAUAACUCCCAGGAAAUUUGACAUGGUCCCAGCCUGCGACUCUGCAACACCUCAGAUGGUGACCUCUGACCCUGGUGACCUAACCUUGAGCAAGCGGGCCACCAGGACGUCCUUCACCUUCCGUAAAGUGCGGCGGAGCCCGUGCGAUUGUGCGUACCCCUCGGCCUGUGACAGUCAGUGCGCCCCCGCGACGCCCGGCACCCCGGCCCUUCCCCGGGACGACGGGGACGCGUCCCGCCUGGAGACGCGCUUCGUGCACCAGGUGUACGAGCAGAUCGCCUCCCACUUCAGUAGCACGCGCCACUCCCCCUGGCCCUGCGUCGGGGACUUCCUGCGGUCGCUGCCUCCAGGGGCCGUCCUUGCCGACGUGGGCUGCGGCAACGGGAAGUACCUGGGGGUCAACCCAGACCUGUGGGCGGUGGGCUGCGAUCGCAGCUGCAGCCUGGUACAGAUCUGUGCAGACCGAGGAUUCCAGGUGCUUGUGUCAGAUGCUCUCAGGGUUCCCCUGCGUGAUGGCGUCUGCGAUGCCUGCAUCUCCAUCGCUGUGAUCCAUCACUUCUCCACACAGGAGAGAAGGCUGGCUGCCGUUAAUGAGCUCGUUAGGCUCCUGAAGCCCGGGGGAAGGGCACUUAUUUAUGUGUGGGCGCUGGAGCAGGAGUACAACAAGCAAAGGUCCAAGUACCUCAAAGAAAAGGACCCCGGAUUGGAAGAGAGGGAUGGGCCUGGCACCGAACCAAUGACAGACAACACCCCGGACCAAGGCCAGGGGGAUGCUGGGAAUGAUGAUGCCUGUUUAGAGCAGGGUCAGCCCAAGCUCACUGUCCACACCAACCGCACAGCGUUCACUUCCCAGGACCUGCUAGUACCCUGGCACCGAAAGGGAGGCACUUCAAAGGUUUCUGACACUUCCAACGAGAGCAAGUUACCGGAAUCAGACCCCAUCUUCCACCGCUACUACCACGUCUUUUGUGAAGGAGAGCUUGAGGACCUGUGUAGAAAAGUCAAGAACAUUACCAUUCAGACUAGCUACCAUGACCAGGGAAACUGGUGUGUCAUUGUGGAAAAGACUUUGUGAUCUCUAAUGAAUGGAAAUAAUGAGGAAAUGAGAUUUUCGCAUGAUUGGUUCAUGAUGAGAACUAUAAUCAGACAGGGCAAUGAUGUGUUUUAUUACUAAUUUUGAUUUAGAAAAUAGCAUAAUAAAAACUAAGGAACAUCAGCAGAAAGUCUUUCAUGCUGAUAAUUAAUCCAGUUGUGGGGUAUGUG